AUGUUGGCGUAUGAUGCAUUUGCUGAUCAGGUGGAUGAGAUUGCGCAGAUGGGGAAGUCCACUGCCUUGGAGAGUUUGGUUAGAUUUUGUGAUGCAGUUGAAACUCUGUACACUAGGGACUACCUACGCCGACCCACGCCCAGGGACCUGCAACAACUUCUGCAGAAAGCCGAACGGAGAAGAUUUCCAGGAAUGAUUGGUCAAUCACCGGUGUUCAAUGAUGUUUUGAGAGGAGAAGCCCUAAAAAUCACAUAUGAAGUCAAUAAUACCGUCUACCAAACUGGGUAUUAUCUAGCUGAUAGGAUCUACCCGAGGUGGACAACAUUUGUGAAAUCACUUCCGCAUCCCCGAACUAAGAAGCAAAAAUUAUUUGCUACAUAUCAAGAGGGUUACAGAAAGGAUGUGGAGAGGUGCUUUGGUAUCCUCCAAGCUCGAUGGGCAAUUAUUAGGGGUGCGGCGCGUAUGUUUGAUGAGGAGGUGUUGAGGAGCAUAAUGAUGUCAUGCAUCAUCCUUCAUAACAUGAUUGUGGAGGAUGAGUAUGAUUACGAAGUUGAAGAGGUGUACGAACCCGAUCCCAUGAGCACGGCCUUGACCCGAAUUUAUGAAAAACCAAUAGGGCCAAAUGGAGGACCAGUAACCGUUGAUUAG